UUCUCAGGAACAGUUGGGACUUUCUCACAUCCUCCCUUCGCACCGGCAGUGGGGUUCAAGUCAGGGGGGGACACUGGCAGAUGGACUGACCGAUAGCCUCGUUAAUCUGGUAAAAUAAGGGAUUUUUUAGUAUCUUCCUGGCUCUUUGGGAAGACCAUGGCUCUCUUCAGGAUCCAUCAGGAGGGUUUUCUGGUGGUUUUACUGCAGAUUGCGUUGAUUUGUUCCGCUCAGAGGGGCGCGGUUGGUCCCAGAGGCCCCCCUGGACCGCCUGGGAUCGCUGGAGUACCUGGAGUGGAUGGAAUCGACGGUGAUAGAGGGGAGGACUCCAAUGUAACUGGACCGCCGGGUAUUCCCGGGGAUAAUGGAAAAGACGGGUCUCCAGGAGCUUCAGGCCGUCCAGGAGCAGAUGGACCGGUGGGACCCCCAGGGAAUCCAGGCCCUGUGGGACAGAAAGGCUCCAAAGGGGAACGUGGAGCUCGGGGACCUGCAGGAGAACCAGGGGUAGGACCUGAUGGGACUGAUGGUAUUCCUGGUACUGAUGGGCUACCAGGUGAACUGGGGAGAGCUGGACCCCCUGGAUCGAGAGGGAGGAGAGGUCCCGUCGGUCUACCAGGUCUUGCUGGUCCUCGGGGACCUCCAGCUGUUUACCAGGGGGAGGAUCUGUGCCCGAACGCCUGCCCCCCAGGUCUGACUGGAUAUUCUGGACUCCCUGGAAUGAAAGGCCACAAAGGGGCUAAGGGCGAAUCAGGUGAGCCCGGAAGACAAGGACACAAGGGAGUGGAGGGCGAUCAGGGACCCCCCGGUGAAGUUGGAGCUCAAGGACUGCCAGGCCCUGGUGGGAAAAGAGGGGCUCCAGGAAUAAUGGGCCCCAAAGGAGAACGGGGGCCUCGUGGGAGCCCCGGUGAUGUAGGGCCUCGGGGAGCUCUGGGAGCACCAGGGGAUCCGGGUCAACGAGGAGGAUCAGGAGAGAGCGGACAGAUAGGAGUACAGGGGGACCGGGGCCCUCCAGGAAUCAGGGGCGUUCCAGGGCCAAAAGGAGAACCUGGCCUCCCUGGUCCAGAUGGUCGUGAAGGAAUACCUGGGUUGCCUGGUUCUAAGGGUCCUCCAGGUAAAAGCGGAGCUCCAGGUGAUGCAGGCCCACAGGGACUUCCUGGUUUACCCGGUUCAUAUGGCCAGAAAGGACACAGCGGUGCAAAGGGAAGCACAGGGGACAGAGGAGUCGUGGGACUGAUGGGGUCUCCAGGAAAACAAGGGGAGCGAGGAGACCAGGGGGAAGUUGGACCGGCUGGGCCCAGAGGAGGAAAUGGUGAACGUGGAGAGACAGGACCUAAUGGACCUCCUGGGAUACCAGGAGCCAGGGGAAGCAAAGGGGACCCAGGCUUUCCAGGGCUUCCUGGCCCGGCUGGUUAUCGAGGCCAAAAGGGGGACCGGGGUUCUGUUGGACUCACUGGCCCUAAAGGAGACCAGGGACCUGCAGGCGCUGAAGGAACCCCCGGAGAUAAAGGCGAAGUGGGCGAUCAAGGAGAACCAGGAGAGAAAGGAUCGCAAGGACCACCAGGAGAGACGGGAAACAAAGGAGCUGAGGGGGGCCGUGGGCUGCCAGGCAAAGAGGGCAAGCCGGGUCAGGCAGGACCACGAGGCAUGCAGGGAGAUACAGGGGUACCGGGCCUACCUGGGCACCAGGGUCCAGCGGGCAAAGCUCCGACGGACAGACACAUCAAACAGGUCUGCAUGAGAGUCAUGCAAGAGCAGCUGGCCCAGUUGGCAGCCAGCCUGAGCAGACCAGAAUCCGGCGUGGCCGGGCUCCCCGGCCCUCCUGGCCCACCUGGACCUCCAGGCUCUCCCGGAGAGAAUGGAUUUCCAGGCCACACCGGGUCAAGAGGUCUCCCUGGUUUGAAGGGUCCACCUGGGUUAAUCGGACUCAAAGGACCGAAAGGUGACCAAGGGGACAGAGGGGACAGGGGGCCCACAGUGAGGGGACCCAAAGGGGAACCUGGCGUUCCUGGUCUACCAGGUAAAUAAAAAGCAUAACUUUGUGACAUG